AUGGGGCAGGAGGAGGAGGGCGUGGACACAGCGGGAAUGGGGCAGGAGGAGGAGGGCGUGGACACAGCGGGAAUGGGGCAGGAGGAGGAGGGCGUGGACACAGCGGGAAUGGGGCAGGAGGAGGAGGGCGUGGACACAGCGGGAAUGGGGCAGGAGGAGGAGGGCGUGGACACAGCGGGAAUGGGGCAGGAGGAGGAGGGCGUGGACACAGCGGGAAUGGGGCAGGAGGAGGAGGGCGUGGACACAGCGGGAAUGGGGCAGGAGGAGGAGGGCGUGGACACAGCGGGAAUGGGGCAGGAGGAGGAGGGCGUGGACACAGCGGGAAUGGGGCAGGAGGAGGAGGGCGUGGACACAGCGGGAAUGGGGCAGGAGGAGGAGGGCGUGGACACAGCGGGAAUGGGGCAGGAGGAGGAGGGCGUGGACACAGCGGGAAUGGGGCAGGAGGAGGAGGGCGUGGACACAGCGGGUGAAGGGGGCAGGAGGAGGAGGGCGUGGACACAGCGGCGGGUGAAGGGGGCAGGAGGAGGAGGGCGUGGUGGACAGCGGGUGAAGGGGGCAGGAGGAGGAGGGCGUGGUGGACAGCGGGUGAAGGGGGCAGGAGGAGGAGGGGGUGGUGGACAGCGGGUGAAGGGGGCAGGAGGAGGAGGGGGUGGUGGACAGCGGGUGAGGGGGGCAGGAGGAGGAGGGGGUGGUGGACAGCGGGUGAAGGGGGCAGGAGGAGGAGGGGGUGGUGGACAGCGGGUGAAGGGGGCAGGAGGAGGAGGGGGUGGUGGACAGCGGGUGAAGGGGGCAGGAGGAGGAGGGGGUGGUGGACAGCGGGUGAAGGGGGCAGGAGGAGGAGGGGGUGGUGGACAGCGGGUGAAGGGGGCAGGAGGAGGAGGGGGUGGUGGACAGCGGGUGAAGGGGGCAGGAGGAGGAGGGGGUGGUGGACAGCGGGUGGAGGGGGCAGGAGGAGGAGGGGGUGGUGGACAGCGGGUGGAGGGGGCAGGAGGAGGAGGGGGUGGUGGACAGCGGGUGGAGGGGGCAGGAGGAGGAGGGGGUGGUGGACAGCGGGUGGAGGGGGCAGGAGGAGGAGGGGGUGGUGGACAGCGGGUGGAGGGGGCAGGAGGAGGAGGGGGUGGUGGACAGCGGGUGGAGGGGGCAGGAGGAGGAGGGGGUGGUGGACAGCGGGUGGAGGGGGCAGGAGGAGGAGGGGGUGGUGGACAGCGGGUGGAGGGGGCAGGAGGAGGAGGGGGUGGUGGACAGCGGGUGGAGGGGGCAGGAGGAGGAGGGGGUGGUGGACAGCGGGUGGAGGGGGCAGGAGGAGGAGGGGGUGGUGGACAGCGGGUGGAGGGGGCAGGAGGAGGAGGGGGUGGUGGACAGCGGGUGGAGGGGGCAGGAGGAGGAGGGGGUGGUGGACAGCGGGUGGAGGGGGCAGGAGGAGGAGGGGGUGGUGGACAGCGGGUGGAGGGGGCAGGAGGAGGAGGGGGUGGUGGACAGCGGGUGGAGGGGGCAGGAGGAGGAGGGGGUGGUGGACAGCGGGUGGAGGGGGCAGGAGGAGGAGGGGGUGGUGGACAGCGGGUGGAGGGGGCAGGAGGAGGAGGGGGUGGUGGACAGCGGGUGGAGGGGGCAGGAGGAGGAGGGGGUGGUGGACAGCGGGUGGAGGGGGCAGGAGGAGGAGGGGGUGGUGGACAGCGGGAGGAGGAGGCGGACAGACGGCGAAGGGGGCCGGAGGAGGAGGAGGAGGCGGACAGACGGCGAAGGGGGCGGGAGGAGGAGGAGGAGGCGGACAGACGGCGAAGGGGGCGGGAGGAGGAGGAGGAGGCGGACAGACGGCGAAGGGGGCGGGAGGAGGAGGAGGAGGCGGACAGACGGCGAAGGGGGCGGGAGGAGGAGGAGGAGGCGGACAGACGGCGAAGGGGGCGGGAGGAGGAGGAGGAGGCGGACAGACGGCGAAGGGGGCGGGAGGAGGAGGAGGAGGCGGACAGACGGCGAAGGGGGCGGGAGGAGGAGGAGGAGGAGGCGGACAGACGGCGAAGGGGGCGGGAGGAGGAGGAGGAGGCGGACAGACGGCGAAGGGGGCGGGAGGAGGAGGAGGAGGAGGAGGCGGACAGACGGCGAAGGGGGCGGGAGGAGGAGGAGGAGGAGGAGGCGGACAGACGGCGAAGGGGCGGAGGAGGAGGCGGACAGAGGGAGAAGGGGGCAAGAGGAGGAGGAGGCGGACAGAGGGAGAAGGGGGCAGGAGGAGGAGGAGGAGGACAGAGGGACGAGGAGGUGGACAGAGGGACGAGGAGGUGGACAGAGGGACGAGGAGGUGGACAGAGGGACGAGGAGGUGGACAGAGGGACGAGGAGGUGGACAGAGGGACGAGGAGGUGGACAGAGGGACGAGGAGGUGGACAGAGGGACGAGGAGGUGGACAGAGGGACGAGGAGGUGGACAGAGGGACGAGGAGGUGGACAGAGGGACGAGGAGGUGGACAGAGGGACGAGGAGGUGGACAGAGGGACGAGGAGGUGGACAGAGGGACGAGGAGGUGGACAGAGGGACGAGGAGGUGGACAGAGGGACGAGGAGGUGGACAGAGGGACGAGGAGGUGGACAGAGGGACGAGGAGGUGGACAGAGGGACGAGGAGGUGGACAGAGGGACGAGGAGGUGGACAGAGGGACGAGGAGGUGGACAGAGGGACGAGGAGGUGGACAGAGGGACGAGGAGGUGGACAGAGGGACGAGGAGGUGGACAGAGGGACGAGGAGGUGGACAGAGGGACGAGGAGGUGGACAGAGGGACGAGGAGGUGGACAGAGGGACGAGGAGGUGGACAGAGGGACGAGGAGGUGGACAGAGGGACGAGGAGGUGGACAGAGGGACGAGGAGGUGGACAGAGGGACGAGGAGGUGGACAGAGGGACGAGGAGGUGGACAGAGGGACGAGGAGGUGGACAGAGGGACGAGGAGGUGGACAGAGGGACGAGGAGGUGGACAGAGGGACGAGGAGGUGGACAGAGGGACGAGGAGGUGGACAGAGGGACGAGGAGGUGGACAGAGGGACGAGGAGGUGGACAGAGGGACGAGGAGGUGGACAGAGGGACGAGGAGGUGGACAGAGGGACGAGGAGGUGGACAGAGGGACGAGGAGGUGGACAGAGGGACGAGGAGGUGGACAGAGGGACGAGGAGGUGGACAGAGGGACGAGGAGGUGGACAGAGGGACGAGGAGGUGGACAGAGGGACGAGGAGGUGGACAGAGGGACGAGGAGGUGGACAGAGGGACGAGGAGGUGGACAGAGGGACGAGGAGGUGGACAGAGGGACGAGGAGGUGGACAGAGGGACGAGGAGGUGGACAGAGGGACGAGGAGGUGGACAGAGGGACGAGGAGGUGGACAGAGGGACGAGGAGGUGGACAGAGGGACGAGGAGGUGGACAGAGGGACGAGGAGGUGGACAGAGGGACGAGGAGGUGGACAGAGGGACGAGGAGGUGGACAGAGGGACGAGGAGGUGGACAGAGGGACGAGGAGGUGGACAGAGGGACGAGGAGGUGGACAGAGGGACGAGGAGGUGGACAGAGGGACGAGGAGGUGGACAGAGGGACGAGGAGGUGGACAGAGGGACGAGGAGGUGGACAGAGGGACGAGGAGGUGGACAGAGGGACGAGGAGGUGGACAGAGGGACGAGGAGGUGGACAGAGGGACGAGGAGGUGGACAGAGGGACGAGGAGGUGGACAGAGGGACGAGGAGGUGGACAGAGGGACGAGGAGGUGGACAGAGGGACGAGGAGGUGGACCGAGGGACGAGGAGGUGGACCGAGGGACGAGGAGGUGGACCGAGGGACGAGGAGGUGGACCGAGGGACGAGGAGGUGGACCGAGGGACGAGGAGGUGGACCGAGGGACGAGGAGGUGGACCGAGGGACGAGGAGGUGGACCGAGGGACGAGGAGGUGGACCGAGGGACGAGGAGGUGGACCGAGGGACGAGGAGGUGGACCGAGGGACGAGGAGGUGGACCGAGGGACGAGGAGGUGGACCGAGGGACGAGGAGGUGGACCGAGGGACGAGGAGGUGGACCGAGGGACGAGGAGGUGGACCGAGGGACGAGGAGGUGGACCGAGGGACGAGGAGGUGGACCGAGGGACGAGGAGGUGGACCGAGGGACGAGGAGGUGGACCGAGGGACGAGGAGGUGGACCGAGGGACGAGGAGGUGGACCGAGGGACGAGGAGGUGGACCGAGGGACGAGGAGGUGGACCGAGGGACGAGGAGGUGGACCGAGGGACGAGGAGGUGGACCGAGGGACGAGGAGGUGGACCGAGGGACGAGGAGGUGGACCGAGGGACGAGGAGGUGGACCGAGGGACGAGGAGGUGGACCGAGGGACGAGGAGGUGGACCGAGGGACGAGGAGGUGGACCGAGGGACGAGGAGGUGGACCGAGGGACGAGGAGGUGGACCGAGGGACGAGGAGGUGGACCGAGGGACGAGGAGGUGGACCGAGGGACGAGGAGGUGGACCGAGGGACGAGGAGGUGGACCGAGGGACGAGGAGGUGGACCGAGGGACGAGGAGGUGGACCGAGGGACGAGGAGGUGGACCGAGGGACGAGGAGGUGGACCGAGGGACGAGGAGGUGGACCGAGGGACGAGGAGGUGGACCGAGGGACGAGGAGGUGGACCGAGGGACGAGGAGGUGGACCGAGGGACGAGGAGGUGGACCGAGGGACGAGGAGGUGGACCGAGGGACGAGGAGGUGGACCGAGGGACGAGGAGGUGGACCGAGGGACGAGGAGGUGGACCGAGGGACGAGGAGGUGGACCGAGGGACGAGGAGGUGGACCGAGGGACGAGGAGGUGGACCGAGGGACGAGGAGGUGGACCGAGGGACGAGGAGGUGGACCGAGGGACGAGGAGGUGGACCGAGGGACGAGGAGGUGGACCGAGGGACGAGGAGGUGGACCGAGGGACGAGGAGGUGGACCGAGGGACGAGGAGGUGGACCGAGGGACGAGGAGGUGGACCGAGGGACGAGGAGGUGGACCGAGGGACGAGGAGGUGGACCGAGGGACGAGGAGGUGGACCGAGGGACGAGGAGGUGGACCGAGGGACGAGGAGGUGGACCGAGGGACGAGGAGGUGGACCGAGGGACGAGGAGGUGGACCGAGGGACGAGGAGGUGGACCGAGGGACGAGGAGGUGGACCGAGGGACGAGGAGGUGGACCGAGGGACGAGGAGGGGAGAGGAGGAGGAGGAGGAGUUGGACAGAAGAAGAAGGGGGCAAGUGGAGGAGGUGGACAGAGGGAGAAGUGGGCAGGAGGAGGAAGUGGACAGAGGGAGAAGGGGGCAGGAGGAGGAGGUGGACAGAGGGAGAAGGGGGCAGGAGGAGGAGGUGGACAGAGGGAGAAGGGGGCAGGAGGAGGAGGUGGACAGAGGGAGAAGGGGGCAGGAGGAGGAGGUGGACAGAGGGAGAAGGGGGCAGGAGGAGGAGGUGGACAGAGGGAGAAGGGGGCAGGAGGAGGAGGUGGACAGAGGGAGAAGGGGGCAGGAGGAGGAGGUGGACAGAGGGAGAAGGGGGCAAGAGGAGGAGGUGGACAGAGGGAGAAGGGGGCAAGAGGAGGAGGUGGACAGAGGGAGAAGGGGGCAAGAGGAGGAGGUGGACAGAGGGAGAAGGGGGCAAGAGGAGGAGGUGGACAGAGGGAGAAGGGGGCAAGAGGAGGAGGUGGACAGAGGGAGAAGGGGGCAAGAGGAAGAGGUGGACAGAGGGAGAAGGGGGCAAGAGGAAGAGGUGGACAGAGGGAGAAGGGGGCAAGAGGAAGAGGUGGACAGAGGGAGAAGGGGGGAGGUGGACAGAGGGAGAAGGGGGCAGGAGGAGGAGGUGGACAGAGGGAGAAGGGGGCAGGAGGAGGAGGUGGACAGAGGGAGAAGGGGGCAGGAGGAGGAGGUGGACAGAGGGAGAAGGGGGCAGGAGGAGGAGGUGGACAGAGGGAGAAGGGGGCAGGAGGAGGAGGUGGACAGAGGGAGAAGGUGGCAGGAGGAGGAGGUGGACAGAGGGAGAAGGGGGCAGGAGGAGGAGGUGGACAGUGGGAGAAGCUCGCAGGAGGAGGUGGUGGACAGUGGGAGAAGCUCGCAGCAGGAGGUGGUGGACAGUGGGAGAAGCUCGCAGGAGGAGGUGGUGGACAGUGGGAGAAGCUCGCAGGAGGAGGUGGUGGACAGUGGGAGAAGCUCGCAGGAGGAGGUGGUGGACAGUGGGAGAAGCUCGCAGGAGGAGGUGGUGGACAGUGGGAGAAGCUCGCAGGAGGAGGUGGUGGACAGUGGGAGAAGCUCGCAGGAGGAGGUGGUGGACAGCGGGAGAAGCUCGCAGGAGGAGGUGGUGGACAGUGGGAGAAGCUCGCAGGAGGAGGUGGUGGACAGUGGGAGAAGCUCGCAGGAGGAGGUGGUGGACAGUGCGAGAAGCUCGCAGGAGGAGGUGGUGGACAGUGCGAGAAGCUCGCAGGAGGAGGUGGUGGACAGUGGGAGAAGCUCGCAGGAGGAGGUGGUGGACAGUGGGAGAAGCUCGCAGGAGGAGGUGGUGGACAGUGCGAGAAGCUCGCAGGAGGAGGUGGUGGACAGUGGGAGAAGCUCGCAGGAGGAGGUGGUGGACAGUGCGAGAAGCUCGCAGGAGGAGGUGGUGGACAGUGGGAGAAGCUCGCAGGAGGAGGUGGUGGACAGUGGGAGAAGCUCGCAGGAGGGGGUGGUGGACAGUGGGAGAAGCUCGCAGGAGGAGGUGGUGGACAGUGGGAGAAGCUCGCAGGAGGAGGUGGUGGACAGUGGGAGAAGCUCGCAGGAGGAGGUGGUGGACAGAGGGAGAAGCUCGCAAGAGGAGGUGGUGGACAGUGGGAGAAGCUCGCAGGAGGAGGUGGUGGACAGUGGGAGAAGCUCGCAGGAGGAGGUGGUGGACAGUGGGAGAAGCUCGCAGGAGGAGGUGGUGGACAGUGGGAGAAGCUCGCAGGAGGAGGUGGUGGACAGUGGGAGAAGCUCGCAGGAAGAGGUGGUGGACAGUGGGAGGAGCUCGCAGGAAGAGGUAGUGGACAGUGGGAGAAGCUCGCAGGAGGAGGUGGUGGACAGUGGGAGAAGCUCGCAGGAGGAGGUGGUGGACAGUGGGAGAAGCUCGCAGGAGGAGGUGGUGGACAGUGGGAGAAGCUCGCAGGAGGAGGUGGUGGACAGUGGGAGAAGGUCGCAGGAGGAGGUGGUGGACAGUGGGAGAAGCUCGCAGGAGGAGGUGGUGGACAGUGGGAUAAGCUCGCAGGAAGAGGUGGUGGACAGUGGGAUAAGCUCGCAGGAGGAGGUGGUGGACAGUGGGAGAUGUCCACAGGAGGAGUAGGUGGACAGCGGGAGAAGUGGGCAGGAGGUGGAGGUGGACAGAGGGAGAAGCAGGCAGGAGGUGGAGGUGGACAGAGGGAGAAGCGGGCAGGAGGAGGAGGUGGACAGAGGGAGAAGCGGGCGGGUGGAGGAGGUGGACAGAGGGUGAAAGGGAGAAGUGGGCAGGAGGAGGAUGUGGACAAAGGGAGAAGGGGGCAGGAGGUGGUGGACAGAGGGAGGAAGGGGUAUGGAGGAGGAGGAGGGGAAGGAGGAGGAGGAGGAGGAGGAGGAGGAGGAAGAGGAGGAGGAAGAGGAGGAGGGGGAGGGGGAGAGGGAGGACAGAGGGAGAAGGGGGCAGGAGGAAGAGGUGUACAGAGGGAGAAGGGGGCAGGAGGAAGAGGUGUACAGAGGGAGAAGGGGGCAGGAGGAAGAGGUGUACAGAGGGAGAUGGGGGCAGGAGGAGGAGGUGAACAGAGGUACAAGGGGGCGGUAGGAGGAGGAGGUGGACAGAGAGAGGAGGAGACACGAGGAGGAGGAGGAGGAGGAGGAGGUGGACAGAGAGAGGAGGAGACACGAGGAGGAGGAGGAGGAGGAGGAGGAGGAGGAGGAGGAGGAAGUGGACAGACGGAUAAGGGGGCAGGAGGAGGAGAUGGACAGAGGGAGAAGGGGGCAGGAGGAAGAGGAGGACUGUGGGAGAAGGGGGUGGCAGGAGGAGGAGGAGGUGGACAGAGGGAGAAGGUGGCAGGAGGAGGAGGAGGUGGACAGAGGGAGAAGGUGGCAGGAGGAGGAGGAGGUGGACAGAGGGAGAAGGUGGCAGGAGGAGGAGGAGGUGGACAGAGGGAGAAGGUGGCAGGAGGAGGAGGAGGUGGACAGAGGGAGAAGGUGGCAGGAGGAGGAGGAGGUGGACAGAGGGAGAAGGUGGCAGGAGGAGGAGGAGGUGGACAGAGGGAGAAGGUGGCAGGAGGAGGAGGAGGUGGACAGAGGGAGAAGGUGGCAGGAGGAGGAGGAGGUGGACAGAGGGAGAAGUGGGCAGGAGGAGGAGGAGGAGGUGGAUAUAGCGAGAAGGGGCAGAAGGAGGAGGAGGUAUACAGAGGGAGAAGGGAACGUGAGGAGGAGGAGGUGGACAGAGGGAAAAGGGGGCAGGAGGAGGAGGAGGAGGAGGAGGAGAGGAGGAGGAGGAGGAGGAGGAGGAGGAGGAGGAGGAGGAGGAGGAGAGGAGGAGGAGGAGGAGGAGGAGGAGGAGGAGGAGGAGGAGGAGGUGGACAGAGGGUGAAGUGGGCGGGAGGAAAAUGUGGACAGAGAGAGAAGUGGGCAGGAGGAGGAUGUGGACAGAGAGAGAAGUGGGCAGGAGGAGGAUGUGGACAGAGGGAGAAGGGGGCAGGAGGAGGAUGUGGACAGAGGGAGAAGGGGGCAGGAGGAGGAGGUGGACAGAGGGAGAAGGGGGCAGGAGGUGAAGGUGAACUGUGGGAGAAGGGGGCAGGAGGUGGAGGUGGACAGAGGGAGAAGGGGCAGGAGGAGGAGGUGCACAGAGGGAGAAGGGGCAGGAGGAGGAGGUGCACAGAGGGAGAAGGGGCAGGAGGAGGAGGUGCACAGAGGGAGAAGGGGGAGGAGGAGGUGGACAGAGGGAGACGUGGGCAGGAGGAGGAGGUGGACAGAGGGAGACGUGGGCGGGAGGAGGAAGUGGACAGAGGGAGAAGUGGGCAUGAGGAGGAUGUGGACAGAGGGAGAAGUGGGCAGGAGGAGGAGGUGGACAGAGGGAGAAGAGGGCAGGAGGAGGAUGUGGACAAAGGGAGAAGGGGGCAGGAGGUGGUGGACAGAGGGAGGAAGGGGUAUGGAGGAGGAGGAGGGGAAGGAGGAGGAGGAGGAGGAGGAGGAGGAGGAGGAAGAGGAGGAGGAAGAGGAGGAGGAGGAGGGGGAGAGGGAGGACAGAGGGAGAAGGGGGCAGGAGGAAGAGGUGUACAGAGGGAGAUGGGGGCAGGAGGAGGAGGUGGACAGAGGUACAAGGGGGGGGUAGGAGGAGGAGGUGGACAGAGAGAGGAGGAGACACGAGGAGGAGGAGGAGGAGGAGGAGGAGGAGGAGGAGGAGGAGGAGGAGGAGGAAUAGGAAGAGGAGGAGGAGGAGGAGGAGGACAGAGGGAAAAGGGGGCAGGAGGAGGAGGAGGAGGAGGAGGAGGAGGAGGAGGAGGAGGAGGAGGAGGAGGAGGAGGAGGAGGAGGAGGUGGACAGAGGGUGAAGUGGGCGGGAGGAAAAUGUGGACAGAGAGAGAAGUGGGCAGGAGGAGGAUGUGGACAGAGAGAGAAGUGGGCAGGAGGAGGAUGUGGACAGAGGGAGAAGGGGGCAGGAGGAGGAUGUGGACAGAGGGAGAAGGGGGCAGGAGGAGGAGGAGGUGGACAGAGGGAGAAGGGGGCAGGAGGUGAAGGUGAACAGUGGGAGAAGGGGGCAGGAGGUGGAGGUGGACAGAGGGAGAAGGGGCAGGAGGAGGAGGUGCACAGAGGGAGAAGGGGCAGGAGGAGGAGGUGCACAGAGGGAGAAGGGGCAGGAGGAGGAGGUGCACAGAGGGAGAAGGGGCAGGAGGAGGAGGUGCACAGAGGGAGAAGGGGGUGGACAGAGGGAGAAGGGGGCACAAGGAGGAGGUGGGCAGAGGGUGGGGGAGGAGGAGGAGGAGGAGGAGGAGGAGGAGGAGGAGGAGGAGGAGGAGGAAUAGGAGGAGGAGGAGGGGAAGGAGGAGGAGGAGGAGGAGGAGGAGGAGGAGGAGGAGGAGGAAGAGGAGGAGGAAGAGGAGGAGGAGGAGGGGGAGAGGGAGGACAGAGGGAGAAGGGGGCAGGAGGAAGAGGUGUACAGAGGGAGAUGGGGGCAGGAGGAGGAGGUGGACAGAGGUACAAGGGGGCAGGAGGAGGUGGACAUUGCUAG